GCAAAGCGAUAACACUAGUCUGAACCUAAAAAAAAAAAAAAAAAAAAAAAAAAAAAUUACAGAUAACGAGCUGCUCUGCUCUGCUCUGCUUUUGGUUUGCCGUUGGCCAGCAGACCCGGGCUUCUGGGCGGCAGAAUAACAAUGACCAAUAACAACGGAAUAUUACUACAGAACACCAGAACUCACUGAAUCAGUCGGUUACCAGUGUUGCCGCGAAGCCUUUAACUGUCUCUCUCUCUCUGCUCCCUCUCAGACCAAAGAAAGAAACAGGGACAGCCAAGACACAGUCACCCCGUCCGACAUCAUCAACAAACAAAAACCCCACAAAGAGACGAACCGGCCAGCCAGCACAGCCAAGCCAGCACAGCCAGCCCGCCACCAUCUUAACAGGCUGCUGAAAGAGACACACACUGAGAGAGAGAGAGAAAAAAAGAGGCUAAUGCUUAUUUUUUUUUUUUUUUGAUCAACAGGUUGUUAACGUGAUGGUGGAAUCUGACAACCGUGACUGAGGACCUAAACCAGAACCUAAAAACAAAAGGAAAAAAAAAAAGGACCGGACAGCGAGAAGGGGGCCGCCUGUAUAAUACUUCUUACACGGAUCUACAACACACUUGAUCGAACUCAAAGCUGCAUUGCCCAGCUGUGCAGCACAACAGGAGCACCAGACCUGGACCAAAGGUAGCUGACGCUACAUGGAGUUUAAGACCUUCUUGCUCUGAUGUUCCCGGACCUGUGUGGAGUUACGUGGACCUGGUAAAGAAAUGAUGGGAUACUAGUUUGGGCCCGACACCUGGUUUCUGCUUCCCAUUACUGUGCGUGGAGUACACAGAGGGACAGUAGCUGAACUGGUGGCUGCUGCUGCUGCUGGACGGACCGCUGGGUCGAAUCGAGCCACUUCAACAGAGCUGAUGCCAAGGCCAGGAGUCAGCCAUGAUGUUUUUAUAACCUGAUGAACGACAGAGAGAUGGUGAGGAAGAAGAAUCCCCCUAUCCGGAGUGUGGGAGGCGAGGAGGAGGAGGAAGAAGAGGGGAGGAGGCCAGCAGGAGAGGAAGAGGAGGAGGGAGAGGAGGAGGGGAGGGUAGGAGCAGAGGCCGAACGAAUAAACCGACCCUCUGAGCCGGAAUCCUCUGACCGGAUCAGAGGAGAUGAGGAGCAGGAGGAAGAGGAGGGAGAGAGUGAGUGCGCGUCCUCCUCCGUCUCUCCCUCAUCCGUCAGCGAGCGCUACGGCAACGAGGAGAGAGGGGGGAGGAAAGGAGGGAGGGCAAAGCAAGGAGGUGCGACGUCGACCGACAGACCUGAGAGCCAGUCGGAGGCCGAGGAUGGGGAGAAGGGGGUAGAGGAAGGAGAGAGGGGCGAGAGAGACAGGGGGGAGGCCGAUCACCUCACAGCUCCUCUCCUCUCUGCUGCCCACCUCCUCCCCAGACAGGAAGGAGGGGAGGAGUCGACAACUGACACCCCUCCGCUGUCCUCCAGCCCCUCUCCCAAACUCCAGGACUUCAAGUGCAACGUGUGUGGUUACGGUUACUAUGGCAACGACCCCGCCGACCUGGUGAAGCACUUUAGGAAGUAUCACCUGGGUCUGCACAACCGCACGCGGCAGGACGCUGCCCUCGACACACACAUCCUGGCCCUCCACAACAUGGCUCCCCAACACACACCUCUAGAUAUACAGGCAGGACAGGGGCAGAGGAACCAAGCCAAAGAGUUGGGGAAGACCAGACCAGAUGUGCACAAUCAGCAGCACAGGACGGUAAUGAUGAACGGCACAUAUGACGUACAGGUGACGCUAGGUGGCACGCUAAUUGGGAUCGGCCGGAAGACCUCUGACUGUCAGGGGAAUACUAAGUACUUUCGCUGCAAAUUCUGCAACUUCACAUACAUGGGCAGUAAUUCAGUAGAACUUGAACAACACUUCGUCUCCUCGCACCCAAAUAAAGUCAAAACGCCGCCAACCACGCCCCUGCUGGCGACCAAUAACCUGCCAACACACGACAACCAGAUGAAGGAGCGGGGUCAAAUCCUAGACGGCGCUGAGCAAGUCGCGGUGAUAGCGGAUGACGAUUCUCUGGUCGGGUACUCCAUCCCGGUAAGGGCGUGUUCAGACACGCCGAGCUGGGCGGGGGAGUCGGGUCGAGGUGCCGUGCAGGCAUAUUACUGGUGCAAGUUCUGUAGCUGGAGCUGUGAGUGGUCGGGGGGCUCGGCAAAGCUUUUGGAGCACUAUGAACAAAGACACAGAAUGAGCACGGGAGGCACCAUGAGCCCCAGCAACUCUAAUCCUGGUGGCAUGGACAGAGAGAGAGAGCGAGGAGGGAGAAGGGAAGGAGGAGAGAGAGACCACAUGGCGUCCAAAAGCCGCAAAGAUCCAUCAUCCAACCCAUCCAGCACCAGCCAAGGAGAGCCAAACAGCAGCGACUCAGAAGCAGUCGUGACCAGCUACAACUGCCAGUUGUGUGAUUUCCGGUACUCGAUGGCCCACAGCGCCGACGUGAUCGUCGUGGCGCCGUUGCUGCUGCACUACCAGCACAACCACUCCAUCCACCGAUGUUGCAUCCAGCACUGCAUGUACUGUCCACAGGGGCUCUGUCAGCCGCAUAAGCACCUGGGGGAGGUUUCUCACCCCUUCGCUUGUCGGAAGCCCACCUGCCCCAAGUGCUCCUGUUCCAAGUUCCCCCAAUCCACCAAACAGCAAGACGCCGUCAGCUCAAAACCGACCACCGCCACCUCACCCGGCAUGACCCCUCCUAAUCCUAGAGGAGACCCCGCGGUGACUCUUCACCCCUCUAACCCCGCCCAUCCUGUUGUCACGAAAGGCGUCACCCACUUGUGCGACCAGUGUGCCUUCGCCACCACCGACAUCGACGUGUUGCUCCAACACUACGAGAGCUGCCACAGCCUGAUAAACCUGAAGGGGGCACCCCCGCAUGUGAAGGCUGAGGAUGAGGUCGUGGGAGACAAGGAAGGGGGGAGAGGAGGAGGAGGAGGGGGAGGAGAGCGGGAGUACUCUUGUACCAAGUGUCACUUCAUCACGGAAGUGGAAGAAGAAAUCUUUAGACACUACAGGCGUGUCCAUGCAUGUUGCCGUUGCCGACGCUGUGACUUCACGGCUCCUGAUUCGUCCGCCCUCCUCGACCAUUUUAACUCGGCCCACUGUCACGAAUCCUCCCCCUCGUUGAGCUCACUGACAACGACCUCCUUACCCACCUCACUGACCACCUCGCUGACGCCUUCGUUAACACUCUCGGCCAAUGGCUGCUCAGCUCCCUCCACCUUAGCCAUCAAGGAAGAAAGCAAGGGGGAUCUUCGCCUCCUCUACUCCCUCGCACCACCCGAGGGACGGCUGGCAGAGGGAGGCAGAGAAGAGGCAGGAGGGGUGGUAAAAAGUGAGGGAGGUGAGGAGAAAGAGAGAGAGCGUGAGAAAGGCUGGGUCCUUGGGGAGACCAGAGGACUGGGCGAAAGAGGAGGUGAGCAGGCCCAUGGUUUACUCUGGGUGCCCAAGGAGCGAAUGGGACCCGAGAGAGGGGUUGAAAGAGGAACAGGAGGUGGGAGCCCUUCUCUUUUCCCCUCCCCCCUCUCACUGUCGUUUGUUUCAGCCAAUCACGAGGCCUCGCAGCAGAAAAGAGGCGUGGCCUCACCUAGCAUGGUUUACCUGGGAGACACCAAGUCGUUUUUGGGAGAUACCAAGUCGUUUUUGGGAGACGCCAAGCUCUACGGCGGAGGGAGGCCGGGAGGAGCUGCUGCAGGUGGAGGCGGAGGGGAGAAACAAGUCCAGAUGGCCCCUCAGCAGUAUACAGGAGGAGGAGGAGGAGGAGGAGGAGGUGGUGGAGGAGGUAGUGGAGGCGGAGGAGGACAGGAGACGAAAGGAGGAGCCACAAAAGAGGAGUCCCAAUCCCUUCUACGGCGGCGCAGAGGCAGCGGCGUCUUCUGUGCCAACUGUCUGACCACCAAGACAUCGCUGUGGAGGAAGAACGCUAACGGAGGCUACGUCUGCAACGCGUGUGGUUUAUACCAAAAACUACAUUCGACACCCAGACCUCUCAACAUCAUAAAGCAGAACAACGGCGAGCAAAUAAUCCGGCGGCGAACCCGGAAACGCCUCAACCCCGAUUCGCUGUCGUCUGAGACCCCUGCCCCCAAGCAACAGCGCAUCACCAACGAGGAGCGUAUGAACGGCGAGGAGUCCGACCGAAGCUGCGCUUCGAUCAAAAGCCAGCAGCCCUCCCCUCGCUCGCGCUCGCCCAGGUCCACUCAAGCCUUCCUCGCCAAUCAAACGUUGGAGAUCCACCGACGCAUGCCACCUCUGCUCCUGCCUUCGCACCCGCCUUCAUCGUUGGUAGCCGAGGCCAACGGGGGAAUCGUUGAGGGAGGGAUAAUAUCGAAAGUAGAGGGAGGUAAAGGAGGAGGGGGAUCGGAAAGAGGAAGUCCGAUUGAGAAGUACAUGCGUCCGUCCAAACCAUCGAGUUAUUCGCCCCCUGGUUCGCCCAUUGAAAAGUAUCAGUAUCCCCUUUUCUCCUUACCUCUCCCACUAACCCUCUCGCCCGAUUUGACCCCUGAGUCAGACUGGCUACGAUUCUGGACCAAGUAUAAGAUGGCGGCAGCCUCUGGGGUUCCUGGUAGCAUCAGUAAUCUAAGCAGCCCCGGUGGCCUCGGAAAUAACGCUCAUUAUCUCAGUGCAAUGGUGACUCCAGUGCAGCAUCAUCAGCAAAGCUACACGGUGCCUUACUGUGCCUCUCCGUACUCUCCUCUCCCCCCUCCUCCAGCUCCUCCCCACUAUCCUCCACCUCCUCAUCAUUCCCAGACCUCCUCCUCUUCAUCGCUAGAGAACGAAGCGCCUUUGGAUCUUGCAAUAAGACAAAGAGAUACAAGCGCCGCAAAUGCGCACAUGUCGACAAAUGGCGCAGAGAGGAGAAGGCAGGAGUCGCCUCUGGCUGAGAGGUUGAGAGAGAGCUGGAAAGGGGAGAAAGAGGAGGAGGACAGAACAGACGAAGGAGGGAACCAAAGGGAGGAGAUGGGAAAGGAAGAGAAGCAUCAUGUGGCAAAAAGUCAGUCAAGUGUCCCAUCAAGUCGCGCCAUGGUCGAAGCGUCCACGCAGGACGACCUGAGCAACCGCUGCAUCCACUGUGGGAUCUACUUCCUAGACGAGGUCAUGUAUGCCCUGCACAUGAGUUGCCACGGUGACCAGGGACCAUACCAGUGCAGUUUUUGCCUUCACGUGUGUGUGGACCGCUACGAUUUCACCACACACAUACAGAGGGGCUUACACAGGUACACAGACAAAACGUCACAAAACAGGGCCCACAUGCAAGACGGCAUCCUUCAGAACGCCACAGUGAUGUCAGAGGAAAAAUAUGACGGAGAUCGCAGCGAGGUCACAGACAAAAGCAGUGAUGUCAUAGGAGCGUGUCAUGACGACCGUGCAAAAGAAAUCACAGGCAGUGACGCCACUGACAAUGAAACAGAGGUUGAAAAGGAGGUCGGAAGCGAGGUUCACGACGUAUCCGGCCAGGAAUUGGAAGACAAGAUGGCUUCAGAUGGUAGCAGUGACAUCACACAAGCCACAGAGGUCACAGCUGUUGCUGAAUCUAAAAACAUAGACGAGGACACGGAGAGUAAUUAAUCGGCUGCGUUUGACUCAUGCAAACCUUGAAGAACGUGUUUUAUUGGAUGAAUAAGCUGUAAAUGUCUCCACGUUCCUGGAGGCGAGCUCAUGUCAAAAUGGGCCUAUGCCGGGCGCUAAAUGGAACACAUCCUCAUGCUGGAAGCACUCGGCUGUCAAAAUGGUCAAAAAUCAUUGUAGGAUCCCGCUGAACUGCUGCAGGGACAGUUUGGAGAAAAUAGCCCGACUCCUGUGUUGAGUGACAGUCACUUGACAGCUCUGUGGCAACUAUUCAACAGCACAGUCCGGGCAUGCAGCUGAAAUCACCUUUUAAUAAACAGCCACUUCAUGUGCUUUCCAAAUAAGAGGAUUGGAAGCUCCAAUGAAAGUUGGACUGGUCUCAUUGAGAAUGAGUUUGAGGAGCUCAGCACUUGCACAGCCACCAUACAGCAGAGCAAAAAAAAAAAAGACUAAAUGAAUUAAAAAUGCUCGAAGUAAAACACUUUAAGUGAACUGAGCUGGUUGGUUAUGCACCGAGCUGAACUGAACCCCCGAGCUGGUCCAAACUGGUCUGAUGCAUCAUUCAGACUGUUUCAUGUUGGUACAACCAGAUCUGAUCUGGUCCCAGAGCAUGUGUUUUUGACUGUUUCAAUGGAUGCAAAACCAAAACUUUUUUUUUUUUUUUUUUGACUCUUCGGAAACUGGUCAGUGUUAAACCAGUUUGUUCCAGUUCUGCUGGUGUAGCCUUGGUACAAAAAGGAUCAGCCGGUUUCUUUCACACGUGCCCUGUUGUCUCUGAAACUGAUGGUGCAAAAAAAAAUAAAAAAUCAUCACCGCUGCAAAAGUGGCCCACAAUGGGAGACCGGUCGGGUUUGAUUUGACUUUCUGAACUGCUAAAAAACCAGUCUCGACUGGUUCCACCGGAGAGAUUCCGGACCGAAGUGUUCUCUUCAUCCAUACGGAUCGAACCAAGUGACAUUAUUUUCUACCUUCCUCCGUGCCAUGAUACUAGCUACGUGCCUGGCUGCCUGCCUAAUAGAACAACCAUCUAUUAACCUGCUUAACAUUUAUAUUAAUAAUAAUAAUGGUAAUAAUGAUUAUGAUGAUGUUAUAGUACAAAACAUGCAAUUUGCUACACUUUCCUAUAUAUAAUAUGUUAUUUUGUAAAGACAAAUAAUGCUUUUUUUUGCAGGAAAUGGUACUAUAAAAAUUAGUCUAUUUGAGUUUUGUUUGUUUCUUUUCGAGCUAUUUGUCGUUUGUGUUCUUAUGGAGACUUGUUACAUUGAUAACAGCCGUCUAACAGAAAUGGUACAGCAAAACGAAGGGUGGGGGGGGGGGGGGUUGUGUGUGUGCGUGCAUUUGUGUUAUUGCGUUAAUGUCUGUAAGGAGCAGAGGAUGUGUCCGUCCCCAAAACGAUGGUGUAAAAAUAAUGAAGGCUUGCGCUCGGUAUUUCAGUCCUCAGGGGUCACACAUGUUGCACACCAACCCGCCUGUUUCACAGCAUGUGACGCAUCGUUUUUUACAUGUCAAGGGUCUAUUGGUUUUAGCACGUUACAUGCGUUUCUCAUACGUGUAUGUUCGUAUGUGCUGAAAGGUCGAAACGGUCUGAGUAUGUAACUUUUGUUUUUGUUUCCUUUUAUGUAUUUCACAUGUUGUUUAGGUUACAUGGUUUUAUAGAGAGACUUAGGAACAUUGGGAGGUAAACCCUGAUCUUCAUCAUACGGAACAAUUAUUUUGGUUAACUGUAUGAACCUUUGCUCUGUUAGUCUGCGGAGUUUUCUUGCCUACAGUGUUUUUAUUCAGCCUCAGUCUCAUACUUCUGAGAGUUUGGUAGAUUACCUCUAUGUAGCACGUUAGCAUCGUAUACAAAUCUGCAAAAGUAAGUUGCCUUUUCCGUGGAGAGGAACUGUUACAUGUUCGACCCAGUUAAUUCUGAAAAAAAAAAAAAAAAAAAAAAAAAAACACGAGAUGAGAGCACACAGUUAGGUUUUAUCAUCCCGUGACGUGGAGUGAUUGUGUUGCUUUCAUCUACAACCAAUUCUGCCAUUCUUUGCCCGAUUUUGGGAUCAUAAAUCAGCCUUUUAAACACACUUAAAGACCCACCUGACACCACAACCUAGACUCUCUUUAAACCAAACGUUUAACAGCUCUCAUUGGUGAUUUUUCGUCACAGCGGCCGGGUCCUUUUGUUCCCCCUGCUCUUCAGAACGGAGGAACGCGGUGGCCAUCUUGUUUAUUUUUAUAAAGAGAGAAUCACUUCUCCAGCCUUGCUGCCUUAGUUGCUAGAAAACAAAAUAAAAAAAAAGAAACAAAUCACAGAGUUACUCCUUUGAAGGAAAUAAUAAUAGGCUGCAAGAAAAUAAAAGACAAGAAAGAAAGAAAAGAAUAAGAGAAAGAUAUUUUUCUAUGCUUAUCCAAAAAACGUGAAUGAAAAAGUAUUCCGCCUAGUGCCUGGUUACUUGUACAGUUUUUUUCUAAAAGGUGUGUUUAUCUGUGUCAAAACGUUGCGUAAGUUAUGAGUCAGGCAGAAGUUGGGCAAAACAGACUUCUGUAUUAAUUCCAAUGCACCGAGUCAUCAGAGUCAUCUGUUCUGAUACUGGAUUUCAGCCCUGCUGUCUGUCAGAUACUUGUUCACAUGUUUCAGCCCGUGAGACAGUUUUGAAAAAUGAAAUCGGCUGCCUUUUAUUUUUGCAUGUAUGUGCACGACCUCAACUCACAGCAUAACUUUGUAUGAAGGAGACUCAUACCAAGAAGAUGUUUCUUGACUGUGUAUUUGGUUUAUUUGGAGAGGGAAGCUGGAUUAGGGCUCAUAUCAUGAUAGAGGUGUUAUUGUUCCGAAGAGGAGUCUAUCAUUAGUAUGUCUGAGGUUAAAAGGGCACUGUGUGGAUUCGGAGAAGAAAAUUCAAUCUUUUUUCCAUAACUGAAUAAACAAGCUGUUCUCAGAGUAAAUUCCCAAGAAACUCUGUUUGAAGCUAGAAAGUUGGCAGGGUUCACCAAAAUAUCAACAAUAUAUUUAGUUUAUUCAGUCAUAAAAACAAAGAGAUUGUUUAUUUGGUUUGCUAAAGCGUAAAAAUGUCUCUUUGAAACGUCUUCCCCAAAACUCCAUAGUGCUCCUUUAAGUGUCGAUGGUUGGUGGCAUCAAAAGGUCAAAUUCCUUUUUAAAAAAAAAAAAAAAUCUUGUGAAGGCGAGAUUUCUUCCUUGCAUAAAGGUCAAGGCAGCAAACAGAACAAACUAUACAAUCAUACAAGCUCCACACCCUAUUUAGCACUCAUACGUAUUGAAAUGAACUUUUCGCCAGAGCGCCAACGUGUUGCCGAGCGCUGGCGUCAGGUGAACACCUCGAGCAUUCGUGUCAGAUGUGAAAGAAUGACCUUGCGUACUCCGUGUGUUCGGGCACACAGAUUUCCCAGUCUUUUGAAAAAACAUUGAAUGUGACAUGCCGAAGCCAGCUGGAACCUUUGUUGCGGUUCCGUUGGAAUGUUGAAGGCAUGUUGCGUCCAUGUUAUAUAACAGCUGAAUUAAUCUGCCACCUGCACGUCACCGAAGCACUCAACAUGUCAGAUUCAAACACUAAGGAACCUUUGAAGGCGUCAGCGCGGCGUACUCGCUCUGGAAUUGGAAGUCUCGCAGUUUAAUGCGAGGAAAUCAGUCAAACUAUUUUAUGACCUCUGCAGAGCUUUAACAACUUCACCACGUACGGCCCCUUCGAUCACAUCUUUCACGUGAAGGCUAAUUAACUGCGUUAAUAACACGGUGAACAGGUUCCAUCAUGCUGUAAAAAGGACUGGUGACGACAGUUGUCUUUUAUUCUAGGAAAUCUGUAAAGUUUUUAAAUGUACCUUUUUUUUCUUUUCUUUUUUUUUAAGUUAUGGGCAUCUCUCAAGGGGCUGCUAGCUUAAUAAAAAAAACUGUUUACAUUUGCAAAUGUAGCAAAUUAAAAAAAAAAAGCAGAGGAUGAACUUUUGACAGAAAAAGGAGGGACAGAGGGACAGCUGCUGAGAUGGAGAGACGGGUGCCUUCGAAGAAUAUAUAUAUGUGGAGGAAAUACGAAUAGAGAGACAUCGGCGCUAGCUUCUGUCAUUUCCCCGUCUUCAAUAUGUUAAUGACAUGUUGUCUAAUUUGACGCACCACCUCUCCAUCUCUCUGUUUUUAUCUCUCCCCCUGCUACUUCUCACCUCUGUCUCUUCUUUUUUUCCCUCCACUUUCCUGCGCCCCUUCUUUUGAUAAAGGCUGAUAGAGCAGUGGAGGGGGUUUUAGAUGAGAGGUCGACACAGAGCUGACAGAAAAACCGAUUACGUGCAAAAGAAUCAAAGGAGAGGUAGAAGCAAUGUGGAUUUACUCAGAUUUAGGUUUACUCAUUUUUGCCAGUGGGAAUCGCAUCCUUUGGUAAAGACUUUCAUGCUAGGAAACAGUAGGACAAAAAGGGAUUCAAUUAGUUGUAUUAUUUUUUUU